AGAAAGGAAGAAGGAAAGAGAAAGAAAGGAAAGCUGAUUCUGCUCUGCUCAGCUCUUCAGAUUCUGGUGGACUGUCUGCCUGCUCGCCCAUACCAUGGCCCUUCAUCCUCGAAGAGUCCGGCUAAAGCCCUGGCUGGUGGCCCAGGUGGAUAGUGGCCUCUACCCUGGGCUCAUCUGGCUACACAGAGACUCUAAACGCUUUCAGAUUCCCUGGAAACAUGCUACACGGCACAGCCCCCAACAAGAGGAAGAAAACACCAUUUUUAAGGCCUGGGCUGUAGAGACAGGAAAAUACCAGGAAGGGGUUGACGACCCUGACCCAGCAAAAUGGAAGGCUCAGCUCCGCUGUGCUCUGAACAAGAGCAGGGAAUUCAACUUGAUGUAUGAUGGCACCAAGGAGGUGCCCAUGAACCCGGUGAAGAUAUAUCAAGUGUGUGAUAUCCCUCAGCCCCAGAGCUCGAUCAUUAACCCAGGAUCCACAGGGUCUGCUCCUUGGGAUGAGAAAGAUAAUGAUGUGGAUGAAGAAGAUGAGGAAGAUGAGCUGGAUCAGUCACAGCACCAUGUGCCCAUCCAGGACACCUUUCCCUUUCUGAACAUCAAUGGUUCUCCCAUGGCACCAGCCAGUGUGGGCAACUGCAGUGUGGGCAAUUGCAGUGUGGGAAACUGUAGCCCUGAAGCAGUGUGGCCCAAAACGGAGCCUUUGGAGAUGGAAGUACCCCAGGCACCUAUUCAGCCCUUCCAUAGCUCUCCAGAACUGUGGAUCAGCUCUCUCCCAAUGACUGACCUGGACAUCAAGUUUCAGUAUCGUGGGAAGGAAUAUGGGCAGACCAUGACCGUAAGCAAUCCCCAAGGCUGCCGGCUCUUCUAUGGAGACCUGGGUCCUAUGCCUGACCAGGAAGAGCUCUUUGGUCCUGUCAGCCUUGAGCAGGUCAAAUUCCCAGGUCCAGAGCAUAUUACCAAUGAAAAGCAGAAGCUGUUCACUAGCAAGCUACUGGAUGUCAUGGACAGAGGACUGAUCCUGGAGGUCAGUGGGCAUGCCAUUUAUGCCAUCAGACUGUGCCAGUGCAAAGUAUACUGGUCUGGGCCAUGUGCCCCAUCACUUGUUGCUCCCAACCUGAUUGAGAGACAAAAGAAGGUCAAGCUAUUUUGCCUGGAAACCUUUUUGAGUGAGCUCAUUGCCCAUCAGAAAGGACAGAUAGAGAAGCAGCCACCAUUUGAGAUCUACUUAUGCUUUGGGGAAGAAUGGCCAGAUGGAAAACCUCUGGAAAGGAAACUCAUCUUGGUUCAGGUCAUUCCAGUGGUGGCUCGGAUGAUCUAUGAGAUGUUUUCUGGUGAUUUCACACGGUCCUUUGACAGUGGCAGUGUUCGCCUGCAGAUCUCGACUCCAGAUAUCAAAGAUAACAUCGUCACUCAACUCAAGCAGCUGUACCGCAUCCUCCAAACCCAGGAGAGCUGGCAGCCCAUGCAGCCCGCUCCUAGCAUGCAGCUGCCCCCUGCCCUACCUGCUCAGUAAUCACGAAUGCCAUCUUCCUCUUUCCUCCUUUACUCCUUCUUUUUCUUUUUCUUCUUUUUUUUUUUUACAAUAUUGUACAUAUUGAUAUUUUUUAUUUUUCAGAUUUAACCAGCUUUUAACUCUUUCCUCUUAUGUUGUUAGAAGUUUGUGACUAUCCAAAUGUGCCUAGCUUUUUCAAAGUUGAUUUAAUUUAUGGAAAAUCACCUGUCAGAAUUUUUUUUUCCUUUUAUACCUUUUAAUGGUAGUAUGAUGCAGUAGCAGAGAUUUGAUCUGGGAGUUUGGACAUCAGGGUUCUAGCUGCAGCUUUGCUUCUCGUGUGACCUUGUGUACAAGUCAUUUAAUUUGUGGGCCUCAAAUUUAUCAAUUGUAAAUAAAGGAUAGAAUCAUGCCCACAGUUGCAUCCAGCUUUUAAACUCUGGCUAGAAUACUUCAUUAUAUUUGUACAGGCAAAACUGCCCAGAACAAGAUCUUUCUGAAUUGUUCUUAUACCACAUUUUUUUUCUUGCUUUCUUCAAAGUUCCCUCAAGCACUGAUUUGUCCAAGAUUGAGCUCUGUUUGACCUGUUCUGCUAGUAUAGUACACUGGCUCCAUGACGGGACAAGUAAGAGGGAGAGGAGCUGACUGGUUGCUUAGGAACCAAGCUUUAUAUCUAAAUAGAAAUGGGAGCCAAAGUCUGAAAGUCAUCUGACCUGAGAAAUAAAAACUCAUAAAUCAAGCCUUUAAAGGGAAGCUGGUGACAUAAAAAGCUUAAGAGAUUCUUUGAAAGAAUGGAUUGUUAGGUAUAUACCUUGUCAUUGUUCACCUUGUGUAUGACAGAUGAACCCAUGACUCAGUGGGAUACAGGAUCUCUUUUUCUUGUUUCCUUUUCUGAGGGUCACUUAGGAGGGAGCUGGGCAUCUAGAAUAUUCUGAAUACACAAACCAAAAAGGACAGUUCUUGUUUGUAGAGUUUUUUGGAGGGGUUGGGUAGGAUGGGGGCUGUUGACCUAGGGUCUUGCUCUGUAACUCAGGCUCCCCACAAACCUGAGA